AUGGGAUAAACUAGAUAAAGCCACGCGGCCUCUGUGCAGCCACUGCCGAAUCGAACCACUCUGUAAAGAUGCGAUUCAGCGACCUCCAACUGCGACACCCAUUUACUCGCCCACACCACCAUGGCCUCUCUCCUCUCCCCACUUUCGAUUUCCCUCCAAAUCACUCCCCAAACCCUCUUUUUCUCUCCUCUCAAAUCCCACGUCUCCCUCUUCGCCGGAACUUUCAGGACCAAGGCAUUCUUCGGCGACAUCUCCGACCGCCUGCUCGAUAACUUGGACGGCCCUCUCCGGCCGGUGGAUCAGCUUCCGGUUUUGCAAUCUGGGUACCUUCAGUUUCAACGAUUCUCGGGGGAAUUGAGCGAUUUGCAGAAAUGGGGUUUCAUUGUUUUUGCUGGGGUUUUGUGGGUUUAUCUCACUGCUCGACCAGGGGUGCUUUUUGGCGCCAUUGAUGCCUAUCUUCUGGCUCCUCUGCAGCUGGGGCUCGACAGUUUGACGGGGAGGAGAAGCUUGAAGAGCUCUGAUUUUGUGAUUGGGGGAAAAUUGGGGGAGGGUUCGUUUGGAGUUGUUUAUUCGGGUGCGUUUCUUCCCAAGAAUGUGAAGAUUGAGGAGCGAGCGAGUAGAGGUUUGGAGGUGGAUGGGAAGGACAAGGUGAUUCUUAAGAAGAUUAAGGUGGGAGUUAAAGGAGCAGAGAAGUUUGGGGAAUAUGAAGAGUGGUUUAACUACAGACUUUCAAGAGCAGCGCCUGAAACUUGUGCUGAGUUUCUUGGCAGUUUUGUAGCUGAUAGAGAAAGCAGGCAAUUCUCUGCAGGAGGGAAAUGGCUCGUUUGGAAAUUUGAGGGAGAUCAAACUCUUGCUGAUUACAUGAAAGAUAGAAGCUUCCCUGUAAACUUGGAAGCUCUUAUGUUUGGACGUGUCUUACGAGGCGUAAACUCAGUCGAGAAGAACGCUUUGAUAAUCAAGCAAAUCUUACGCCAAAUCAUUAAAUCAUUGAAGAAGAUCCACGACACAGGUAUUGUUCACAGGGAUGUGAAGCCUGCAAACUUAGUAGUAACCAAGAAAGGGCAGAUAAAGAUUAUUGAUUUCGGGGCAGCCACUGACCUUCGGAUCGGCAAGAACUACGUACCAAAUCUUGCUUUGCUGGAUCCCGAUUACUGCCCUCCCGAGCUUUACGUGAUGCCUGAAGAAACACCGAGCCCCCCUCCAGCUCCCAUUGCUGCACUUUUUUCUCCCAUAGUCUGGCAGCUGAACAGCCCAGAUUUGUUUGACAUGUAUUCUGCUGGUAUUGUGCUUUUGCAAAUGGCAGUACCAAACUUGAGAAGUAGUGCUGGGUUGAAGAAUUUCAAUUUGGAACUCAAGAACUAUGGAUAUGACUUGAAUAAAUGGAGGGAGAAAACAAGAACAAAGCCCGAUUUGACGAUUCUCGAUCUCGACUCGGGGAGGGGGUGGGAUCUCGCAACGAAGCUUGUCUCGGAGAGAGGCUUCCUUAGAAGGGGGCGUUUAUCGGCUGCCGCUGCUCUGAGGCAUCCUUAUUUCUUGUUGGGUGGUGAUCAGGCAGCUGCAGUUAUUUCAAAACUAAAUUUGGUCAAGAAAUGAGGUUAUGGAAGGGAAUGUAAGUAGAAAUUAGAUAUAUAAAUAUCAUUUUUGUAUCUUGAUCUGGUUUUUCAUAUUCAAUUUCAUGGGGCAAUAUKAUGGUCCCUUUUGCAAGAUUAUAACCUUUUAAGUAAUGUCUUCAAUGCAAAAUUUUGACUUUUGAGAUAAAAAAA